UGACCUUUUAUCACUCGAUACUCAGUAAGUACUUGAUAACCUCACCCCAAGUCGCCUGGGACUCCUCUCACCGUCUCCAACUUGACUCCCAUUAGUUCUUUCAGAUCCAAAUCCCAGAAACCUCUCUGGAGAACUCUUGAAAUUGUUCAUAGAAAUCAAUGCUAUGUAGAUAAAUAGUAGGGAGUUUUAAGCACACAUUGUUAGGAUGUAAGGAGGAUAGAACUGGUUCAUAGAUUUGGAUUUGAUGAUUGUGGACAAGAUGCUUGAUUCAAUGCCGAAAAGGGUUCCAAAAAGGGUCUGGCUUGGGUUCCAAAUGUCAAUGGGAUUACUCGUGGGUGGAAAUCACACCUCUUCCAGAUGACCCAUGAUGCUCGAAAAAUGGAGCCAAUUUUGCUGAACUUGGAUGCAUGCCCACUGAACUUUGGCUCUAGCGAGUAUUACAAUGUCAGCAAGUUUUCAAAUCCCCUUUCGGUUCUUAGGUUUUCUCUUUAUGGGGGUUUUAAGAUGCUUAGCAAAGAGACUGAAAACUUGGCUAAUAAUGUUUUCAAGGAGCUUAUGGGGAAGAAUUUGCUGGAUCCUAAUUCGAAAACUUUGUGUGUUGGGGAGGGUUCUGCCUCUGCUGUAUCAGCUCUGCGAGAGCUGGGUUUCCGACAUGCUGUUGCUGUUGGUAGCCACCCAUCUUUCUCACUUCUAAAACGGAGAUUUGUUUGUGAGCUCGACUUUGCGGAUAAUUCCUUCGAUUUUUUGUUCUCGAGAGCUCUUGAUGGGGUAUCUGUGCCAGCUCUUCUCGUGCUUGAGAUUGAGCGUGUUUUACGUCCAGGUGGCAUUGGUGCUAUGCUUGUUGGUGCCCAUGACUUCUACUCUGGAAGCCUGAUUAGGUCUGCCACACCAGUUUCAUUAUAUUUAAAGAGUUCUGAAAUCAUACAUGUGUGUGGUGUUGGCUCAAAUGCUCUAGUCAUCUUUAAGAAAAGAUUUGAAAAUGCUGCUUUCUUUGAGCAAUUUCAACUUCCAAAUGAAUGCCCUGCCAUCACAAAUAACAAACCAUUUAUGAAGUUCAUUGAGCCCCUAACGGAUGAAAAAUCACUACAUACCAAGAGGGAAGUUUCUUAUCUGCCCAAGUUUUUGAAUACUUCAACAAGGAACAGACUCAUUUACAUCAAUGUUGGUGCAGACGAAUCCACAAACCUGAGUAUUUAUGAGCUGUUUAAACCUUAUAGUUCAUUUGGUAAACGAGCAUUCAGUGUAUUUUUGAUGGAUCAUAACACUUCUGUCCUGUCUUCUCACAUCAAAACUCCUGGUAUCACUUUUAUUUACCAUCCAGGCCUCGCAGGAGAAAAUGCUGCUCCGGAACUGGACUCUGAUGAGUACUUGAGUGCUCCAAUGGAUACAGAAGGGUUUGACUUUGCUCGCUGGUUUAAAGAAACAGUGGAAGAUGAUGAUUUUGUGGUCCUUAGGAUUAACACAAGAACACUGAAGUUGAACAUUCUUGGUGAAUUGUUCAAAACUGGAGUAAUAUGCCGCGUUGAUGAACUUUUCCUCAAGUGCUCAGAGUCGCUAGACUGCAAAGGUGCCAUUUGUGAAGACUGCAUGAGUCUUUUCAGAAGUCUCAGAAAUUCUGGUGUGUUUGUUCAUCAGUGGUUGGGGGACUGAAGCUCAUGAAACAUUUGCUCAUUUCCAUAUAUCAUUUCAAAGUUACUAUGUAAAAUAAAUCGAGGAAAGUUUGUGGAUUAGAUUUCUGAUCUACAACUCUUUCCUUUGAACUGUUAUUUACUAGUGUUUCAAGUGUGAGAUCUUAUCCUCUAGGUUAUGGAGGAUCUUUAAUUUAUUGAAUGUAAAAUAAAUUGAGGAGAGUGUGUGGGUUGAUAAUCAGCCACUCUCUUCCAUGUCACUGUUUUGUAUGUCUUUGGGAGUUUUCAUGUAUCAGUACUAGACUCCUUUAUGUUAUGAAGGGUAUUUAAUUUAUC